AUGUCGAGGAAGGUUCCUCGCGCCGCCUUCGUCGAGGAAUAUGAUGAGGACGCCGAUGUUAGCCUCCCCGAAACCCGUCAAUCUGCCAACGUCACUGCCAAACGCUCCAAGUCUGACUUGAGGAAGCCCGCCAGGGAGCCUUUCGUCGAGGCUGCCAGUGACUCGGGCUAUUCUAGCCGCACUGCUGCCACUGUCAACAGCACCCAAUCUGCCCCGUCGGGCUCGAGACACCAGCCCCUCCCUCUUAAAGUUGACACUUCGCACAGAAGAGCUGAUCUUGAGAGAGUUCGCUCAAGAACAAAAGAACACACACGCGACCGUAGCGCUCGUCCAUCACGAGAGGACAAGAUGCACGCCGGCCCUUAUUCGGCCGGGUAUCCUCCGGCCCAUCUUCCUCGCUCUCCGUCGGUAUCCCAGAGGCCUGAACGAAUGUACCCACGAAACUAUCCCAGCAACUAUUGGGACGCUGAGCGGAAUGUGUAUCAUGCAUCCACGCCUGUUGAACCCCGACAAAGAGAAUACCGGUAUCACUCGUCGCAAGCGUCUUCCUACGAUUACCCGCCUCCGUCGCCGUCGCCGCAGACAUCGCGCUACCCCCCCGCAGCCGUCGUCCAGGUUUCAUCCAGUCGCCCCCAAGGUCGACCUACUCGGUCGAAUUCUUACCAUGCGAACAACCGACCGGUGAGCUUCCACGGACAGAUGCCGUCGAUGAACGGGAUGAUGUACAGUAGCUCUCCGGUCGGCCGAUUUGAACAUGGCCCGCCUCUGUCUUCCUCAGCAUACGUCAACUCGCCGGCAUACCCACCUGGCCCUCCGUCCAUCUACGCUCAACAGGCACCGUACUAUCCCUAUCCGGAUGCUGCCAGUCCGCCCGAACGUUUGGAUCGUUCAAUGUCUCGGCCCAGGGAGCAACCCCGUCAACGCCGACCGUCCGUCUUUGAGCCGCCCGCGAUGGACUACGAUUCAUCUGAGGAAGAAGAAGAGGAAGAGGAGGAAGAAGAUAUGGAGGAAGAGCUGAUGGAACCCUCUCCACCACCCCCACCGCCCGGGCCGCCCCGUCAAGCACGGCCACGGAUGCCGCUCCAUCACAUUGAUCGCAGGGAAGACGACUUCUACCCACCGCCGCCGCUCAAGCAGAGGGCCCCGCCUCAGAUCAUACAUCAGAAACGGCCCGAGCUACACCGCAAGCCAGCAACUACGCCAUCCGUCGUGUCUGAGCGCCGUGGGUCGCGGUCUCUUGACCUGUCUGAACUUCAGGAUGUACUCCCUCCUUAUGGAUACUACCGAGGGCCGAGCGGACCUACCAUCAUUCCCGAGAGGAACCGGAGCCUCAGGCGCCCUUCCGUUUAUCACGAUUCGUCCCGAUCUGGCCACCGAAUCGCCGUGGAGAACUCUAGCCGGCGGCGUAGGCCUACGGUCUACGACUUUGGUGGGCCGGGCGAUGAAAUCGAAGAAAAGCUGGGAGGGGCAGAGGAAUACCAGGCCUCCCAAUCAGGCAAAUCCGCGGCACCCCCGAUCUCUAUUAGUGAUGCUCUACUCAAGGCCAAAGCGAGCUCUCAGGUUGGAAGCGAUAGCGGGAGCCAGAAGAGCCGGUCGGCCAGCAGCCGCGGUAGUGGUAGCGAGGCUCGUACUCGGUCUGCAAGUGGCGCAUUGACUACUACCCGUGCCGAAGACGACGAUAACAUUGUCAUGACGCUGAACGGGGUGACCAUGAACUUUACUCAAGAGUCUUUGGGGGGGAAGCGAAUCAGCGUACGGAGUGGCAACACUGGGGCCGUUGAGUUGAAUAUCGAAGGAAAACGCCCCAAGAAGUACUUGACGGGUGGUUCCGAAUAUACAACUGCAAGCGGUGGCUCCAGAAAGGGCGACCGCAAGUCUGACCGCGCCAGCCGCCGUUCUAGUCGAUCGACCUAUGCUGCUCCUCGAUAA